AUGGUCGCCAUCAACAAACUUUCUCUCUUGAACUCUUUGGUUCUUUCUGUCUCUGCCUCUCCUAUUGGCAAUCCAGAAGCUGUUGCUGUUGCUGUUGCUUUACCUAAUGGUGAUUCCAAUGACAUUACUGGCUCUACAGUAAUUAUCAAACGCGAAAGCGUGUCUGGUGUUGCUGAUUUGAUCGAUAGUCUUGUCAAGUUCCUUUUGGCUACACUCGGUAAUCUCCCCAGUCUUGAUCUGGCUAGUGAGUCUAAAGAUUUUGCCAAUCUUUUGGUCAUUGUCAAUAAGGACUUACUUCAAAUUGAAAAUGACCUCAAGAGCUUUGGCCUUACUUCAGGUCUCGGCACUUUGCUCCAGUCUACCUUUAUUAGUACUGGCCUUCAAUUUCUUGUUUUGACCUUGUCCACGUUUGUGGCCAACCUUGUUUCUAAGCUUGCUACUGGCCAUAGUAUUGACCCUGAUGUUGCAGCCCAACUUAGCCAGCUCAAGUCCCAGAUUGCCGGGCUCAAGACUCAGCUCCAAACUUUUGGUCUUUUGGGUACUCUUGAUUCUGCUGUGGCUUCUAUUGUCCACUGUCUUGAGGGGCUUCUUUCUUAA